GCAGACGGCGGAGGCACCCGGUCUGCCCAGGACAAGGAGAGAGCCCGAGAGGGGUUGUAGAUUCAAAUACAAAUCGAGUGUGGAUCUUGCUUGACUUGCGACGUGGUUACAUCCCGAUAAACCCAUUGUUCCAGGCCAUGGGCAUCCUUGUCCAGAAAUGCUUUCUGAGUCGGAGGAGAUGGUGCCUUUGGGAGCCACUCGGGAGUCACCGCACAUCAAGAUGGAGCCAGAAGAACCACACCCCGAGGGGGCAUGGCAGGGGGAUGGGGCUCUGGGAACGCCAAGCUGGGUGUCCCUAAGCCAGGGCUCUAAGGAGAAGGCUCUUUUCCUGCCUGGUGGAGCCCUCCCCUCCCCCCAGAUCCCCGUGCUCACUCGCGAGGGGCGGACCAGAGACCGCCAGAUGGCUGCGGCGCUGCUCACCGCCUGGUCCCAGAUGCCGGUGACUUUUGAGGAUGUGGCUCUGUACCUCUCCAGGGAGGAGUGGGGUCGGCUGGACCACGCCCAGCAAAGCUUCUACAGGGACGUCCUGCAGAAGAGGAACGGACUGUCCCUGGCAGGAUUUCCCUUCAGCAGACCUCUCUGGGGCUCCCAGGGACAGGGCAAGGGUGAGGCCUCGAGCUCAUGCCAGCAGAUGGGAGACGACAAGGAGAAGGCAGGAGCCAUUGAGGCGGGCAAGGAGGAGCCAGCCCCAUCCCUGGCAGCCCUGGGGGAUGCGAAGGCUUCCAGAAGCAGGGUGGGGAGAGCCCCGGGAGACGUCUUGCCGUGCGGGCAGCAAGCUGGCAGUGGCCAGAGCUCAGGGCCAGCCAGAGACGGUGGGCAGCCGGGUCCCCUGCAGGAGAUGCCGGCAAAACUGGCGCCACCCAAUGCCAGCCUCGCAGAGAAAGCCAGAGAGGGGCGGGUGGGCCCCCCUGAGAGUGGUGAGGAGGGCCUGGUCCCCGACGGUGACGCUGGCAAGAAGACGUACAAGUGCGAGCAGUGCGGCAAGGCCUUCAGCUGGCACUCGCACCUGGUGACCCACCGGCGCACGCACACGGGCGAGAAGCCCUACACCUGCACAGACUGCGGCAAGCGCUUCGGCCGCAGCUCGCACCUCAUCCAGCACCAGAUCAUCCACACGGGCGAGAAGCCCUACACCUGCCCCUCCUGCUGGAAGAGCUUCAGCCACCACUCGACGCUGAUCCAGCAUCAGCGCAUCCACACGGGCGAGAAGCCCUACGUGUGCGACCGUUGCGCCAAGCGCUUCACCCGCCGCUCGGACCUGGUCACCCACCAGGGCACGCACACAGGCGCCAAGCCCCACAAGUGCCCCGUCUGCAGCAAGUGCUUCACGCAGAGCUCGGCCCUGGUCACCCACCAGCGCACGCACACCGGGGUCAAGCCCUACCCGUGCCCCGAGUGCGGCAAGUGCUUCAGCCAGCGCUCCAACCUCAUCGCGCACAACCGCACGCACACGGGCGAGAAGCCCUACCACUGCCUCGACUGUGGCAAGAGCUUCAGCCACAGCUCCCACCUCACUGCCCACCAGCGCACCCACCGCGGCGUCCGGCCCUACUCCUGCCCCCUCUGUGGCAAGAGCUUCAGCCGCCGCUCCAACCUGCACCGGCACGAGAAGAUCCACACGACGGGGCCCAAGGCCCUGGCCAUGCUGAUGCUGGGGGCGGCGGGGGCUCUGGCCGCACCCCCGCCUGCUCCCACUUAGGAGGUGGAGGGGGGAGGGGAAUGCUCAAGGGCAGCGUGAGAGGGGUUGUGGGAAGGGAGUGGGGGGUGCUGGCAUGGGGUGGGGCAUGGCAACACAGGAGCUAGGGCGAGGCGCGGGCACGCUGGCUAUGAAUUAAAGGCCUUGG